UUCCUCGGCCAAUGACAUAUCUUGGGGGGCGGGGUAUGCUGGAUGUUUCCUGAUGUCUCAACGUCACCAUUCCCCGACCUGAAUUGUUUGUUGACGGGCAAGAUGGAGUUCCUACUGGGAAAUCCGUACAGUACCCCAGUGGGGCAUUGCAUUGAAAAAGCAACUGAUGGGUCGCUACCAAGUGAAGACUGGACUUUGAACAUGGAAAUAUGUGACAUUAUCAAUGAAACGGAAGACGGGCCAAAGGACGCAAUUAGAGCAGUGAAGAAGAGACUGAAUGGCAAUAGGAACUACAGGGAAGUGAUGCUGGCUUUAACGGUGCUGGAAACUUGCGUAAAGAACUGUGGCCACCGGUUUCAUGCGCUGGUCACGAGCAGGGACUUUGUGGACGGCGUGCUUGUCAAAAUCAUCUCUCCGAAAAACAACCCCCCCACCAUCGUUCAAGACAAAGUGUUGGCCCUCAUUCAGGCGUGGGCCGACGCAUUCAGAAGCAGCCCUGACCUCACAGGCGUUGUCCAAAUCUAUGAGGAGCUCAAGAGAAAAGGCAUUGAGUUCCCCCUGUCCGAAUUGGAGACCCUCUCGCCUAUACAUACGCCUCAGCGGACCGCAUCUGCACCGGAGGGAGACUCGACCCUGCAUAAGUACACCACGCCUCCCCAGCCUGCACCGCAUGCAGUUCCAACAGCCUACACUAGCCCUCCGGUUCCAAACAUUCAACCCUCUGGAUCCAUCAACCCAACACCUGAACAGAUUUGCAGACUGCGCAGUGAGUUGGAUGUUGUUCGAGGAAACACCAAGGUCAUGUCUGAGAUGCUGACUGAGAUGGUCCCGGGAAAGGAGGACACUUCGGACUACGAGUUGCUACAGGAGCUGAACAGGACUUGUCGAGCCAUGCAACAGAGGAUCGUGGAGCUCAUCUCUUGCGUCUCAAACGAAGCCGUGACCGAGGAGCUGCUGCACGUCAACGACGACCUCAAUAACAUCUUCUUGCGCUACGAAAGAUACGAGAGGUUCCGAUCGGGAAGGUCUACAGCCCAGAGUGUCAACAAUGGGGUCUUAAGUGAAGCGACGGAAGACAACCUGAUCGAUCUGGGCCCCGCCUCGCCGGCAGUGGUCAGCAACAUGCCGAACGCCGCCCCGAGCGGCUUGCCCCCGAGUUUCACCACCACCGCGGGGAGACCCUCCUCUCCGGCAACCUUGGCUUCUCGCCUGGCUGGACUCGAUGUCGGCGCAGACACUGUGACCAGCACUCUGAGCUCUUUGACCAGUUCCAAGCCUCCCCCUUCCCAAGAUGAAUUUGACGUGUUCGCCCAAACUAGGACUGUAUCGCUCCCUGAACCGAACAAGAUGACUUCGGCAGGCGACAGCCCGGCUGCUGCUGCCGGUGCGACGGCUGAUCAUCCUCCCACACUGGACGUACAACAGCCACGUGCCGCCACGUGUGUCGGAGGCCAGUCCUCUGUCAUGGAUGACAUAGAGGUGUGGCUCAGUACUGAUGUGAAAGGAGAGGAAGGUGAGGAGGGCGUGACAAGUGAAGAGUUUGACAAGUUCCUUGAGGAGCGGGCCAAAGCUGCAGAGAUGGUCCCCAACCUGCCAUCGCCCACGAGUGGCGACCCCGGCACAGCGCAGGGGACCCCCAGCCGCAAAAAGCCGGACAAACAGGAGGACACUUUGUUUGCCAUGUAGAGCUGUCGUCCGCUUCACCUGGGAGGAUGGCCGGGAUGGACCGAGACACAUCCAACAACACUGUUUAGAUCCACGACAGGGAUGUAUCGUCAUUGAAAGGGAAGUCUGUAUGUCUAAAAGGGACAAACCAAACAAAGCGGUCUAUUUUCAUAUGUUCAAAAAUAAAUUAAAAAGGGGUGGGACGAGCGGCAUAUAAUGACACCGUCCCGGUACGUCUCUCUUCACACUAGCAUGUAGUCGUAAACUGGGUUUGCCCUUUUUUGGGGCUUCCUCCAGUCCCCAAAAACCUCUCAGCAUGCUUUGACACACGACGAGUCUUUUAGUUAGGAAAUCCUCCGGUUUGGUUUUGGUUGUCCCGAGCAUUCCUACGAGAAUAUUGUUUCCGUUUGUGUCCCUCUCUGCAAGUCGACCCGAGGUCGGUUGUAAAUGUGUAAAUGACAAAUUUAAUAUACAGUGGGAUUGUAAUGAGGGAUGAUGAGUUUAACAUUUCCUUGCUGCUGUAUCAUGAGGGAUGCGCCCCACAAUGCUGCACAAGUAACGGGAACUUGACGUUUAAAAGGAUUUUUUUUUUUUGGCGUAGUUGUUUUAUUUGGGGUCCAAUCUGCUUGUGUGUGUGUGUGUGUGUUAUAGUUUUCAAACCGCCGUGUUAGGCGGUUACGUGCUGAGGUGUAAUUGACUCGUUUUGUUUGUGUGACCACCUUCAUGCUCUGAAGAGAAUUGAGGAGGCAGUCGUAUUCUAUUCUUCUCGUUCUUUCGUUCAAAGGUCCAAAUGUGUUUUGCCCUUGGAGACGGAAAUGACGAGUUCACCGCACCGUUCCAUCAUCUGAUCCCCUUUUGUGCAGUCUGCGCGUUAUUUGUGUGCGUUUCCUCGACGCCAACGUGAGGGUCUGAUUUUUCCGGCGCCCGCUAUUUGUUCGCCGGAAAUGAGCUCGGGCGCUCACCGACGAGACCUUUCAUGCUCUUGACGGGAGUAAACGUGUUCCCACGUGCUCAGCGCAAGCGUGCACUUUUGACUGCGGCGUGGCAUGUGAAUUAUUACUGGAUGGGAAAUCAGCUACGUGACGAGCACUUGGGUGUAAUUCAUGAAUGAGUUAAGGCGUGUCAAAAUAAUUUAUUUGUAAUUGUUUCCUCCUCCUCCUUCAGAUGAGUGUUUUAAAUGGUUUUAUUGCGCUCAAGGAAAACUAUAUGGAGAAAUGAUCUAUGUAAGGACAGUCGUUUAUUUUUGUGGCUUUUUAUGGAGUCUUGAUAUGUUUUAUACAUUGCUGCUAGCCGACGUCUGUUCUGUUAGUGGUUCUGUUGGUGUUCUUGUGGACUGAAUGUAAACCUGUGUAAAGAAGCAUCACGUGUCAUUGAGACAUGAAGGAUCCAUCUUUUGUUAAAUUUUUUUUAGGUUGACUGGCGCAUCCUCUCCCCGCUCUGAACUUUUCAACCCAAGAAGUGUGUCAGAAAAAUUCCAGGACUGGCGUCGGUAAAGAGCAUUUUCAAAACCUCGAAUUCAUCCACAGAGAUCCUGUCAUAAUCGUUCAGUGCAGGGGAAGAGACAAGAGUUGUUCAUGACAACACGUCUCCGUGGGAUUCCUCCCCCCCCCCUCCUCUUACCGAAGGUCAAGGGGUCAUCAAGGGCAUCCGUUUAGAAGCUGUGGAUGCAGAUGGUGCCAGAAGCAUGAAGGUGUUGCAGAAAAGGCUCGGGAAGUGCGUGAGACUCCAGGUCGGCCGAAAUUGAAAGUAAUUGGGUUUACAAAGAGAUCUUUCUUUGAUUCCAGUCUCGGAACUUUUACUGACAUACCUCGUGCAUUGCCGGUGUUCCGCUAGCCCCGUGUGAAUCCGUUCAUGUUUUUGUGUCUUUGUUGCUGAUGUGUAACUGGGUCCUAGUAUCACUCCUUUCGGAUUAACGUUGUGCUUCUGUGCGCAUCACCGAACACUUAAGUGGAGAACCGCCGGUGGAGGUGUGUGAUUUUCUCCUUGUUUGACAUCUGCAUGAACCAAAUAAAACCUUAGCAGUGUGACAUC